AUGUCGUGGAGGAAGACAGACCGUCUGAUGGACACCAUCAAGCACUAUGCAAACUUUCCCGCUACCGGCGUGAGCUUGCGACAGAUGGUGCAGUUCGGCGAGAAGCCGUCCGUCGGAACCCUCUUCCGGGCCUCUCAAUUCCUUGCCGAGGAGCUUCCGAUCCGGCUGGCACAUCGCGUCCAGGAACUGGAGAACCUGCCCGACGGCCUCAGCGACAUGCCGUCGGUAAGGAAGGUGCAGGAUUGGUAUGCACAGUCGUUUGAGGAAAUCACAACCCUGGCAAGACCAGAUCUGAAUAGAGACACGCGCGACCGGUUACUGAGACCGACCCGUACCGGUGCACGAGGCGGCCCGUCACAGCUGCUUCUGUCCGAGUCAACGCCGAACCCCAGCCUCGAGGAGACCAACUACUCGUCGCAGUCACCCUUAAUAAACGGCGGCGAGCUCGCACACAAUGGCAACGGCUUUUCAAAGAAGCAUGCGGCAGCGCGCCGCUAUUUCGCAUGGGUUGACGACACGGGUGAAUGGCCGUCGGACUUGCAGCUCUACAACCAACGUUUCGCCCAGACCCUGCACAAGAUCAAGCGGCGCCACGACGGUGUCGUUACGACCAUGGCACAAGGCAUCUUAGAAUACAAGCGCAUGCGACAGCGCAUGCAGAUCGACCACAACAUCCAGUCCUUCCUCGACCGCUUUUACAUGUCGCGUAUCGGCAUCCGGAUGCUGAUCGGCCAGCACAUUGCCCUGACGGACCAGAGCCACCACCGCGACCCCACGUACGUGGGCAUCAUCUGCACCAAGACGAACGUGCACGACCUGGCUCAAGAGGCCAUUGAGAACGCGCGCUUCGUGUGUGAAGACCACUACGGCCUGUUCGAAUCGCCCAAGAUCCAGCUCGUGUGCAACCCGAACCUCAACUUUAUGUAUGUGCCAGGCCAUUUGUCUCACAUGCUGUUUGAGACACUCAAGAACUCGCUGCGCGCUGUCGUUGAGACCCACGGCCAGGACAAGCAAGAGUUCCCUGUGACCAAGGUGAUUGUUGCCGAGGGCCGCGAGGACAUCACCAUCAAGAUCACCGACGAGGGCGGUGGCAUACCACGCAGUGCCAUCCCCUUGGUUUGGACGUACAUGUACACGACCGUCGACCGCACCCCGAACCUGGACCCCGAUUUCGAUAAGAGCGACUUCAAGGCGCCUAUGGCUGGCUUUGGUUACGGUUUACCUAUAUCGCGACUGUACGCACGAUAUUUUGGCGGUGAUCUCAAGCUGAUCAGCAUGGAAGGGUACGCUUCAUCCCAAACCCGACGUCUCUGGCCCCCCCCUAUCGUCGUCGAAUGA